AUGGCCCCCACUUUCGCGGAAGGAACAGGCUUUGAGACAAAAUUUUUUGUAAGCGAGGACGAUGCUGAAGGGGUCAACAAAGAUCUUCAAGAUGCUUGUAGUUCAACAUCCAGAUCAAGAGAAGUAGGAGAAACAGGAGUAGUAGUCGGAAAAGAAGUGGGUGAGCAUCAAAAGACGCCAAACAAGGAAGAGCAGUCCACUCCACGUGUGUACUGUGCGACCGUGGACGCAGCUUUCUACAUGCCCUGGGCCGGCGAGUUCUCGCAGCGUGCAGGUCUUGUAACUGCUUGGAAGGGCAAGCUCAUCAAAAACCUGAACCAAAAGAAAUCGAUCGGUCUCUACCCAGGCGGAGCUGACGAAGCGCUUUUGUCGGGAGGAGGAAAAAUGCGUAUCAUACUGAAAAAAAGAGUUUAUGAUGCAGUUGCAGAUCGAUGUGACUAUAACAAAGAUAUAAGCAACAGUUGAGAAAGUAGAAAUAUUCAAUCAUACGAGUCGCGGCCCUGUAUUUCAUUCAGAUUUGAUGAGAUAAGGUUCUUAAGGUUCUUCGCGAAGUAGGCACUGGCACUGUUGAAAGCAUCUGGUCUGUACAUCCAUAUCCCUUCUUCUCCUUCUACCUCUAAAAUCUCGGUUUUAUCGAUUGCGCCUUACAAACGGGAACGCCUCUUGUGCCUGUACUGAUCUUCGGCGAGACAGCUUUGUUUCGGCAAACUUUCAACACGAAGCUGCGAGCCUGGCAACACCAGAUGCAGAAGUUUCUGUCUUUCUCUUUGCCCUCUUUUGGCAACGCACGGUUGGAGCAUAGCUGUUCGGAGAGGUUCUUUCACCAAAGAGAAGUUGAUGGAAAUGGCAAGUUUGCUGGAGGAUGUUCUUCAUCCUCGGGAAGUACGUCUGGAUCCAGUUGUUCCACUACAACGAGGCCUUCCGCCAACUCUUCUGCCCCCUCGUCUUUCCUUGCACGUUUUCCGGUCACUCGUGCAAUCCUGCCGAUGCGCGUGCCUUUGCAUACCGUGUUUGGCGCGCCUAUCCCGAUCCCGCAGAAGAUGACAGAUCCAAAAGCCGAAGCGUACAAAGCAGAACGAGAGAGGCUGCACGCUUUGUACAUUGAGAAAGUGAAAGAAUUGCAUGCAAAAUGGAAACAUCUGGGGUCUGCGGAGGACCAAGAAUUGGAGAUUGUGUCUGCUGAAGAAAGCCGAUCGGCAGAAAUGCUAGAGGCGCUGAAAGAAGGACAGAAGUUAUCUUGUACAGAAGUUGUCUUGUGAUUUGCGGAUUAUCUUAGUACUAGCAACUGAAACUGUAAUACCACUUCUGAUGUCUUCUCUCUGGUCUCUUCUUCACAAGAACUUUGUGAUUUGUGGAUUAUCUUAGUACUAGUUUUACUACGUACAUGGCUCACUCAGAAAGUACUAGAGCAUUUCCUUUUUCUACGGUUGUGACUCGUAAACAUUUGUUUCUAACACCCGAGAUGGAUCGAAGAAAGGCUGAAGGAACGUAUUUUCCGGUGGUGCCGGAUGUAAUGGAGCAGAUGCCACGAGGGCCGAAGACGCCGAUACAACUGAAGAGUAGAUUGUGAUAUUGCUGUUGGUGUUGAAGGACGGUGAUAGUGAUUGAAUUCACUGAAGGGCGAUAAAGUUGAAGUUGUGUGAAAAAAAGGAUGAUGUUGAAGUACUCCAUCGUGUAACUGAAAAUAUAACAGAUGUACUAGAAAAAAAUAAUCGAUGUACUUCUUGUGUGGAACGUACAGCACAAUCGAAAUCAUGUGAUAACGUCUGGCAAGUGCACUAUAGUAUUAUAGUCCUCUCAGGCUAAGCCUAAGGCUAUAUAGUAUAGUCCUCUCCUCGCUGGCAGGGACAGCAGUUUACAACUGCGAUUGUCAGAUAGAUUUAGAUAGAGAUGUGAAAAGAAUUUUUAAGACAAUGGCAAAGGCAAUCGCGAUGCUUGAUUGAUGCUAGCUUUCUUCUGAAGUUCAACGUCUACUACAAGAAUACCAACCGAUCACUUAUACCACUUGGGUUUACAACUUUCAAUAUUUAUUCAUUCUUGUAUUGUGAUGACCGUCAGCGACGCAAGGAAGUGAGUCUUCUUGUUCUCAGAAAAAUUAUAAUGCCUUAAUUAUCUAGCAGUUGCAGAAGCAGAUAAAGCUCUGUUCAUUGCUGAUAUCACUAGCACUCCUUAUUUUACUUGAUGUAUCUUCAAAGAUAAAGAUGACUGAGAUACCAAGUAUUGGAAGCCCUAACUACAAGAACGACCACCAGUCAAGAUUCUUGUAGUCUGAAUUCUAUCGUUGAGCUUCAGUCACGGCUACCGUUGAUGAGAUACGCUUUAUCGUUCAUGAUUAUAAUAUAGUAGCGGUAAGGAAAAGGAUGGAUUUUUUUCAAUGUUCUUGAACGAAUCACGUCUAUGUCAUGGAUGUUGUACACUAGUAUGUGGACGCGGGUUAUAAUAGGAGAUGCAGUGUGACACUACACUUCGUGUGGUGACAUGCCUGUGCUCACUCUACAACAUGAGUCGCCAACUCAUUCUAAUGCAGACGUCCUUUUGCGUAGUACAAUUAUGGAGGCCCUUUCCGA